UCAGAGCACUUUCUUUUCAUAUAAAAUGCCCUCUUCUUUGUUUCUCUUCAUCCUCACGCAAACUGUAACUGCCUCUCCUCUGCUCUCAUUUUCAAAACCCUAACUUCUUCCUUCAUUUCUUCAUUACUUAGCUUAGCUCAACCAUGACAGCUGUUUCAAAUGGACUGAACCACCACUGCGCUUCUUAUCUCGACCGUCGAUUCUCUAAGCAAGUUCGCGAUAAUGUCCAUGGCUACAUCUAUCUGGAUCCGCUUUUCCUCAAGUUUGUUGAUACUGAAGAGUUUCAGAGACUUCGUGAUCUAAAGCAACUUGGUCUAACAUACAUGGUUUAUCCAGGAGCUGUACAUUCACGGUUUGAGCACUCACUAGGUGUAUACUGGCUGGCCAGUGAAGCAGUUCACAAAAUUAAAGCAAACCAAGGCUCAGAGAUUGAUAUUGAUGACUUGGAUAUAACUACGGUGAAGCUUGCUGGACUAUUGCAUGAUAUUGGACAUGGACCAUUCAGCCACUUGUUUGAGCGCGAGUUUCUCCCGAGGGUUUAUAAUGGCCUUAAAUGUCUUUUAUUUUCCAGGUCUCAUGAGGAUAUGUCUCUUAAAAUGAUAGACUUUAUUGUAGACUCGCACAAUAUUGACAUUGAUCCUGAAUGCUUGAAGAAAGCCAAGAAUAUGGUCGUUGCUAGCACGGAACAUGCUUCUCAAAAAACUGUGAAUAAUGAAAAGCGAUUCCUCUAUGACAUUGUUGCAAAUGGUCGAAAUGGAAUAGAUGUGGACAAGUUUGAUUACCUUGUCCGUGACUCCCGGGCUUGUGGUUUGGGGUGCAGUUUCCAAUUUGAGAGAUUACUGGAUACCAUGCAUGUUAUAGAAGAUGAGAUAUGCUACCGCGCUAAGGAUUAUCUCACAGUCCAAAAGUUGUUUGCUACUCGUGCUGAUAUGCAUCGAACUGUCUAUACACAUGCAAAAGUAAAGGCAAUAGAACUCAUGGUUGUUGAUGCUCUGUCAAAAGCGAAUGAUCAUCUUGGAAUUUCAUCCUCAAUUCAGGAGCCAUCUGAGUUUUGGAAGAUAGAUGACUCUAUACUGAAAGUUAUUGAAACAAAUCCCAGCCAGGAGCUGAAGGAAGCAAGAGAACUGAUCCAGCGGAUUAGAAGAAGAGAUUUAUACCAGUUCUGCAAUGAGUUCUCUGUUCCAAAAGACAAGCUAGAGCAUUUCAAAGACAUCACAGCAAAGGACAUCAUUUGCUCUCAGAACUCCAAUGGCAUUACACUGAAAGAGGACGAUGUUGCUGUGAGCAUUACUAAGAUCGAUUUGACGCGUGGAAGGAGCAAUCCUCUUGAAAGCGUCCAAUUUUUCCAGGAUUAUGAAAGCAAAGUGAAAUUCCCAAUAGAAAAAGAUCUCAUCAGUCACUUGCUGCCUUCUUCUUACCAAGAUACGAUAGUGAGGGUUUAUGCUAAGAAGCCUGAGCUGGUGGAUGCAGUUUCUGUGGCGUUUGAGAACUUUCAGCAUAAGAUGUAUGGAAUGACAGCCCAGGUGCAUGCCACUCCUAACAAAAAGCGAUGCAAGCGAUUGAUUUUCUCGUGAUCUUUCAGAUUUAUCGCAUUACCUCUCUAUAUAUAUACCCCUUUAUGUUAGAACUUGUAGGUGUUAGUAUCAAUUGGAAAGCCUAAGCGUUAAUGCACAAAUCAGCAAGUGUAUAAAUUCACAAAUUUUGCAUGUGUGUUUGUCCCAUGGUUGGGAGCCCUCGACGUGUACAUGUUUCUCCAAACAGGCGUGGAUUGGUCUACUGAUAAAGAUGAAUUUGGGAGAGGAACAGAGUAUUUUUUUUCAAGCUGCUAUUCCUAACUGGCAAAGAGUCACUGAUGAGAUUAAGAACUCUUUAUUUUUGCUGUUUGCUGAUUUGUUUAGCAUAGAGAUUAUGAGUGUGGAUAAGGUGGGGAAUCUUAUAUUUUGAUUGUUUAAUUGUAGUCAGUUAGGCUUGCAGGUGUUUUGUGUGUGCGCAGAUGUACUAUUGGUGGGUAUGCUCAGCUCAGUUUUUGCAAAUUAUGUUCGUUAAUGCAAUUUGUUUACCUACAA